UUUAAUGCCAGCAAGUGAGAUUUAACCAUUUUUUGUAAACAGUUUUUGCCGUCAAAGAAAAUGUGACUUAAUAUCCGUCGUAAUGAAUCGGACCGAAUGGAGUCUGAGCCGUCCAAUCAGAAAGCAAAUAACUGAUAUGCAAAUUGUAUUUUAUCAUCACGUCAGCAGCGGUGGAACCGCUGAGGUCGCCAGCAGUGGUACAACUACGUGAAACUUCGUUCUCAUAAAAUUCUCUGAAAUUGUCGAUUUGUGUCGGAGCGUUUGACUUCACUCUGGUUUGCUACUUGAUCAGCGCACGCUAGGUCAGUUCACAUCUUGAAUCUACCCCAAGAUGACCGAUAUUUCAGAUGCGAAUGGCAAGGCAUUGUAGACCUGGUGGUGGGAGUCGCAUCAGAUGGCUCAGGAUGCUGUGGAGGACUCUUCUGUGAUGGGCAUUCAGCGGUUCAGCAGCCUGUGAGAUCUUCUCUUAGCGCCACAUAGAAACUAGGAGUCCAGCCUUAGUGUCUGGACUGGUGGGACAAACGGUGGUCCCGCGCCAUGACCGAUCCCAUCAUGGACUUCUUCGACGAUCCCAACCUCUUCGGGGGCGGCUUGGAAGGGCUAACGGACGAUGGGUUUAAUGCAGGGCCCUCUCUGGUGGACGACCUCAACCUCGGCCCCGAGUUUGAGCCUCUACAGGUGGACCCGCUGGGAGCGGGGAAGCACAUGGGUAUGAUGCCGACGCCCGGCCCCGCCGCUUCCUCCCAGCAGGGCCUGGCCUACGCACCACAGAUGGGGCAUUUUGACUCCAUGAAGACCCAGGGCUCUAUGGCUCAGCCCUACUCCGGUGCUGAGGGCAACGGUGGUGGCUUCAUGGCUCAGCAGCAGCCCCAGUUUCAAGGUACGCCCAUGGGCCAGCCGCCUCAGGCCAACGGACUCUUCCCGAACAGCAGCCCCAUGUGGGGAAACCACGACCAAAAUAGAAACUCGUACCACCCACUGUCCCAGCAGCAGCAGCAGCAGCAGCAGCAGCAGCAGCAACAACAACAACAACAGCACCAACGUCAACACCAACAUCCAUGUCAGCAAACGCCGCAGCAACAGCAUGGACAUCAUCAGCUCAUGAACCAGCACCAGCCUCCUCACCAGCAGAUGAACCCCCAGGCCAUGCACCAGCGCGGCAAGCCCUUCCAGGAGCACCACAACUUCGCCUCCUACUACCAGGGCACCAUGGCACAGAACCAGCAGCAGCAGCAGCCGCCACCACCGCAGCAGCAGCAGCAGCAGCAGAGCCGCCACGGCGCCCUCAACGCCGGCGGCAGCCCCUUCCACUGCGGCGUGGUCCCCAGCGCCUCGCCCCAGUCCAAGCCGUACAUGGACGCCUCCAACCCCAUGGGCUCGGCCCCGCCGGCACAGCAGCAGCCGCCGCAGCGUCAGCAGGGCGCCUACCCGGUGCCCCAGCAGGUGCAGUCCUACCCGGGCCUGGGGUCGGAGGAUCCCGGCCUGGCCUACUCCAUGCAGUCGUCGCCCAUGCCUCACGGCCUGUCUUCCUGCUCGGUCAGCACGUCGGCGGUGGCCGGCUAUCCCCCCUCGCAGUACUCCUUCCCCCGACAGCCGGUGGGGAUGAGCGUGACAAGCCAGCCUCUGUCCUCGGCAGCGGUUUCCAUGACGACGACCUCCUCUGCUCGCGGAGCGUCGGCGCAUCCUGUGCCCGACCUCCUGAGCGGUGGCAGCUGUCCGUUCUCGUCGGCGCCUGGGUUGAGUCAGCCACAGCCUCACCCACAGCAGCAGCAACAACAACAACAACAACAACAACAACAACAACAACAACAACAGCAUCCCCAUCAUCAUCAACAGCAACAGCAGCAACAACAAAGGCUUCAGGCGGCAGCUAGCCAGUCCGGGGAGCAGUGUCCCUUCUCCCGUUCCAUGCAGCACGCCAAACCUGCAUACAGCACAUCCGACAUGUUCCCCGACACUGCCAACUCCUUCUCUGCCACCGCGGAGAGCCAGUUCCCCCCUUCACAGCAACGGAGCUGCCAGAUGAGCAUGCCUCCACCCACUGCCACCAGCUCCGGCUCCGGCUCCAGCACCGGUGGCAGUGGCGGCAGCACCAACGGGGGGUACCAGGCCAUGGAGAAGCACCUGCUGCCUGAGCCUCAGGGUGGGGGCUUUGAGGGGCUCGAGGCCCCCGACCUCCUGGAUGAGGACGACUUCCUGCCUCAGUUGGAGGUCGCCCUGAGCCAGCACGAGGACUCCAAUUGCUCCUGGGCUAACGGAAGCCAGGGUGAGGGAGACGCCGAAGAGGAGGAGGAAGAAGAGGAGUCGCUCUCCGUUCACUAUGAGAUUCAGCCCCCCAAGAACACUAAUGGUCCCAGCAGUCAGGUGCGGGUCCUCAGCCCCCAGAUGAAGAGCGGCUCGUCCUCCUCGUCCUCGUCUUCGUCCUCGUACUCCUCGGCCUCGGAGCGGCGGGCCCAGAAGCGGCAGCAGCAGCAGCUGCUGGCCCAGCAGCAGGCCGCCAUGGACUCGGACGACAAGCAGGAGAAGGCCAACCGGAUCAUCUCCGAGGCCAUCGCCAAGGCGCGCGAGCGCGGCGAGAAGAACAUCCCGCGCGUCAUGAGCCCCGACAGCUUUGCCGGCUCGUCCGAGCACCGGCCGCACCGCGGCGCCUCGGCCAAGGGCCGGACCAGGGAGAGGGCCUCCAAGAAGGCCCGCAUCGUCUCGUCGGGAAAACCCAACAAGCAGAAAGCAAAGAUCGGGAAGAUCGUCAUCAAGUUCGGCAAAAAGAAGAAGCGGAAGCCAGAAUCCUCGGAAGAGCUGUCCGAGGAUGAGCCGCCCCCACCACGACGCUCCAAAGAGGAUGACUCGAAGCGGAGAUCUAACCGCCAGGUAAAGCGGAAGAAGUAUGUGGAGGAUGGCGAGGCGCGCGUGUCUGACGAGGAGACUAAGGUUGUGGUCAAAGCCAAGAAGGCCAACACUGCAGCACGCAAAGAUCCUGCCGCGCAGCUGUUUGUGGAGAACCCAAGUGAAGAGGAGGGCGCUGUCGUCGACAAAAUUAUGACCUCGCGCAUUGCCAAGAACGAGGUCUCUCCUGGUGUGCUGGUUGAAGUGGAGGAGUUCUUUGUAAAGUACAAAAACUACUCUUAUCUCCAUUGUGAGUGGGCCACCGAGCAGCAGCUGGAGAAGGAUAAGAGGAUCCAGCAGAAAAUCAAGCGCUUCAAAAUAAAGCAGGCGCAGCGAGCACACUUCUUCGCAGACAUGGAGGAGGAUCCGUUCAACCCGGACUACGUGGAGGUGGACCGGGUGCUGGAGGUGUCCUAUUGUGAGGACAAGGACACUGGAGAGCCGGUGGUGUACUACCUGGUGAAGUGGUGCUCCCUCCCGUACGAGGACAGCACAUGGGAGCUGAAGGAAGACGUGGACCAGACUAAGAUAGAGGAGUUUGAGCAGCUGCAGGCAGUGAAGCCAGACUCACGCAGGACGGAGCGGCCCCCGGCCAGCCUGUGGAAGAAGCGCGAGCACUCGAGGGAGUACUGCAACGACAACAGCCUCAGGGACUACCAGCUGGAGGGGGUCAACUGGCUGCUCUUCAACUGGUACAACAGGCGGAACUGCAUCCUGGCCGACGAAAUGGGCCUGGGCAAGACCAUCCAGUCCAUCACAUUCCUGGAGGAGAUCCAGCGCGUGGGCAUCCGCGGGCCCUUCCUCAUCAUCGCGCCGCUCUCCACCAUCGCCAACUGGGAGCGUGAGUUCCGCACGUGGACCCACCUCAACGUCAUCGUCUACCACGGCAGCAUGGUCAGCCGGCAGAUGCUGCAGCAGUACGAGAUGUACUUCAGGGACUCUCAGAUGGGUGAGGAGAAAGUCAGAAGGAAGAAAGAUGGACGAUGGAAGAUGGAAGGAAGAAAAGAUGGCCGAGCGAUCAGAGGGGCGUACAAGUUCCAGGCGGUCAUCACCACCUUCGAGAUGAUCCUAGGCGGCUGCCCGGAGCUCAACGCCAUCGAGUGGCGCUGCGUCAUCAUUGACGAGGCCCACCGCCUCAAGAACAAGAACUGCAAGCUGCUGGAGGGCUUCAAGCUCAUGAAUCUGGAGCACAAGGUGCUGCUGACGGGCACUCCGCUACAGAACACCGUGGAGGAGCUCUUCAGCCUGCUGCACUUCCUGGAGCCCCUGCGCUUCCCCUCGGAGACCACUUUCAUGCAGGAGUUUGGAGACCUCAAGACCGAGGAGCAGGUCCAGAAGCUGCAGGGCAUCCUGAAGCCCAUGAUGCUCAGGCGACUGAAGGAGGACGUGGAGAAGAAGCUGGCUCCCAAAGAGGAGACCAUCAUCGAGGUGGAGCUGACCAACAUCCAGAAGAAGUACUACCGCGCCAUCCUGGAGAAGAACUUCUCCUUCCUGGCCAAGGGUGCCGGCCAAGCCAAUCUUCCCAACCUGGUCAACACAAUGAUGGAGCUGAGGAAGUGCUGUAACCACCCCUACCUCAUUAAAGGGGCCGAGGAGAAGAUCCUUGAGGACUUCCGCGAGGUCUACAACCCCGGCGCCAUGGACUUCCACCUGCAGGCCAUGGUCCAGUCGGCGGGCAAGCUGGUCCUCAUCGACAAGCUGCUACCCAAGAUGAAGGCCGGUGGCCACAAGGUCCUCAUCUUCUCCCAGAUGGUGCGCUGCCUGGACAUCCUGGAGGACUACCUCAUCCAGAGAAGAUACCUCUAUGAGCGGAUAGACGGGAGAGUGCGGGGGAACUUGCGGCAGGCGGCCAUCGACCGCUUCAGCAAGCCGGACUCGGACCGAUUUGUGUUCCUGCUGUGCACGAGGGCUGGAGGUCUGGGCAUCAACCUGACCGCUGCCGACACCUGCAUCAUCUUCGACUCGGACUGGAACCCACAGAAUGACCUACAGGCCCAGGCUCGCUGCCACAGGAUUGGCCAGAACAAGGCGGUGAAGGUGUACCGGCUCAUCACGCGCAACUCAUACGAGAGGGAGAUGUUCGACCGUGCCAGUCUCAAGCUGGGAUUGGACAAGGCCGUGUUGCAGAGCAUGAGUGGGCGGGAGAACAGCCUGGGCGGCGGGCAGCAGACCCAGCAGCCGCUCUCCAAGAAGGAGAUCGAGGACCUGCUGCGCCGCGGCGCCUACGGGGCCAUCAUGGACGAGGAGGACGAGGGGGCCAAGUUCUGCGAGGAGGACAUCGACCAGAUCCUCCAGCGCAGGACCAAGACCAUCACCAUCGAGUCGGAGGGGCGAGGGUCCACGUUUGCCAAGGCGAGUUUCGUGGCAUCAGGGAACCGCACGGACAUCUCUCUGGAUGACCCCAACUUCUGGGACAAAUGGGCCAAGAAGGCGGAGAUCGACAUGGAGACCGUCAAUGGCAGAAACAGCCUAGUGAUUGACACGCCUCGCGUGCGGAAGCAGACGCGGCCGUUCAGCUCCACCAAGGACGAGCUGGCCGAGCUGUCGGAGGGCGAGAGCGACGGCGAGGACAAGCCCAAGCUGCGCCGGCCUCACGACCGCCUCAACAGCUACGGACGCACCGAGUGCUUCCGCGUGGAGAAGAACCUGCUGGUGUACGGGUGGGGCCGGUGGAAGGACAUCCUGCUGCACGGGCGCUUCAAGCGGCCGCUGAGCGAGCGCGACGUGGAGAUGAUCUGCCGCGCCCUCCUGGCCUACUGCCUGGUGCAUUACCGCGGCGACGACAAGAUCAAGGGCUUCAUGUGGGACCUGAUCGCGCCCACAGAGGACGGGCGCACCAAAGAGCUCACAAACCACCUGGGCCUCUCCACACCAGUGCCGCGGGGCAGGAAAGGGAAGAAGAUGAAGAUCCAGUCCACAGGCUUUGACAUCCAGAAGGCGGAAUGGAUCCGCAAGCACAACCCCGAGCACAUGCUGCAGGACGACGGCUACAAGAAGCACCUCAAGCACCACUGCAACAAGGUGCUGCUACGGGUCAGAAUGCUCUACUACCUGAAACAGGAGGUGAUCGGCUCACAGUCACAGCAAGUUCUGGACGGCGUGGAGGCCAGUGCAAUCCAGAUCCGUGUGCCUGAUCCGGACAACGCAGAGCUCCCGGCUCUCUGGUGGGACCAAGACGCCGAUAAGUGUCUGCUGCUUGGAGUCUUCAAGCACGGUUAUGAGAAGUACAACACCAUCCGGGCAGACCCAGCGCUCUGCUUCCUAGAGCGGGUGGGCCGGCCGGACGAGAAGGCUAUCGCCGCCGAGCAGAGAGGCAACGACUUCAUGGACGGGGACGUGGAUGACCCCGAGUACAAGCCUGCCCCGGCCUUGAUGAAGGACGAUAUGGAGGAUGAUGCCUCCUCCCCUGGAGACCUGGUCAUCACAGAUACAGGUGGAGAAGGCAGCUCGGCCCCGGAGGGCGGCAGCACGGGCGCCUACUGGCCCUCGUCCUCGGCGCUGACGGCGCGCCUGCGGCGCCUCAUCACGGCCUCGCAGCGCUUCACCAAGAGCCGCCAGAUCCUGCACAUCCACCAGAGCCAGCAGUCCCUGAUGCCCACGCCGCUGUGCCCGCUGCCCGCCACGCUCAACGACACCCUCUCCUUCAACCCCAAGAUGGCCGCCAAGAUCGAGAGGCAGCAGAGGUGGACCAGGCGAGAAGAGGCCGACUUCUACCGCGUGGUGUCCACGUUCGGCGUGGUGUUUGACCCGGAUCUGGGCCGCUUCGACUGGACCAAGUUCCGGGCCAUGGCGCGGCUGCACAAGAAGACGGACGAGAGCCUGCAGAAGUACCUGUGCGCCUUCACCACCAUGUGCCGCAGAGUGUGCCGGCUGCCGCCCAAAGAAGGAGACGCAGUGGACCCGUCUCUGUCCAUCCAGCCCAUCACGGAGGAGAGGGCGUCCCGCACGCUGUACCGCGUGGAGCUGCUGCGGCAGGUGCGCGAGCAGGUGCUGCGCCACUCGCUGCUGUACGAGCGGCUGGCGCUGUGCCAGCCGGGCCCGGACCUGCCCGUGUGGUGGGAGACGGGCCUGCACGACCGCGACCUGCUGCUGGGCGCCGCCAAGCACGGCGUGAGCCGCACCGACUACCACAUCCUGCGCGACCCCGAGCUCUCCUUCAUGGCCGCGCAGCGCAACUACAGCCAGAACAAGGGGCUGCCGCCGCCGCCACAGCAGCAGCACGGGCACUCAGCGAUGCCGCACGGGCACUCGCACUCGCACGCCCUCGCCCAGGCACACGCCCGCACCCCGACACAGCCGCCGCUGCCGCCCGCGCACUACCAGGCCCCGGGGACGCCCGUCGCUUCUGCUGCCGCUUCUGCCGCCGCCUCGGCACCGUCGCCCCUGCCAGCCUCGGUCUCGCAGCGGCCCGAAGAGGGCGUCGCCGCGCCCGCGCUCGUGGUGAAGGAGGAGGAGCAGGAGAUGGGCUCGGACGGCGGGGAGGAGGAGGCGGCGGCGGGGAGGUCCGCGGCGUCGGUUUCCGCCGAGAAGUGGGCCUCCGCGGUUCCCCUGGCGGGCCCCCCGACACCUGGCGCCGGCCAGGAGGCGACGGAGGACGGGGACGUGAAGCCCGUCGUGGUCAAGGGCGAGGAGAGCGAGAAGCGCAUGGUGGCCGCCCGCACCAAGCCGCUGACGCCCAACGCGGCCGCGCGCAAGCAGAAGAAGUCCAAGAAGAAGGAGCGCAGCAGCGCCGCCAGUGCCGGCGGCAUCACCACCACGACCCGCCGGGCCUCGGGCUCCGACUCCGACUCUUCCUCCAGCUCGUCGUCGUCGCGCUCCUCCUCUUCCUCCUCCUCGUCCUCCUCGUCCUCACACUCAGGCUCCAGCUCCUCUUCCUCCUCGUCCUCUUGCUCCUCAGGAUCGUCCUCCUCAUCCUCCUCAUCCUCAUCUUCCUCGGAGGACAGCGGCAGCGAGGCAGAGGACGGACAGAAGAACGCGUCAGCAGUGGCCACUGUGAAGGGCUUUGACGAGGACAGCGUGGCCUCCCACAGCACCACUCAGGACGAGACGCAGGAGAACAGCGUGACGGAGAACGGCAUCACACACCCCCCCAACCCCUUCCAGGGAGGAGGAUACAUGCUAGCUGCCUCCUACUGGCCUAAGGACCGCGUGAUGAUCAACCGCCUGGACAGUAUCUGCCAGGCCGUGCUGAAGGGCAAGUGGCCGGGCACGCGGCGCUCCUACGAGCCCGGCUCCGCCGUGGCCUCCUUCUACACCACCAAGCUGCUGGACAACCACCAGGUGGCGGCCUCCGCCUCGGCCAGCGGCGGUGGUAGCGGCGGUGGUAGCAGUGGCCUCUCGGCCGCCGGCCUCCCCGCCGAGGACCCCGCGGCCUCCCCGCAAGGGUCAAAGGUGACCAAGCAUGUUGCAGACAAGGAGUUCUCAGUCAAAAUGAAUAACCAGGAGGGUGGUCUGAAGCUGACCUUCCAGAAGGCUGGCCUGCACCUGAAGAGGCCCCUGGAGGGGGAGGAGGGGCCCUUGGCCCAGCAGCAGUACCUGGCCCGGCUCCAGGAGCUCCAGAGUGCCUCGGACACCAGCCUCACCGACUUCACCAAGCCCCCCAGCGCCCCCUAUCCACAAGCGCUGGCAGGUCAGAUGAGACUGAACGGCGUGCUGGACGGCCAGCCGGUGGUGAAGCGGCGGCGCGGGCGGAGGAAGAACGUGGAGGGCAUGGACCUGCUGUUCCUGAACAGGAGCCGAGCGCCAGCCAUGCCCGAGCAGCGGGUCCCUCCAGGCUGGGUUGGCAGUGCCCAGGCCAGCGUGCCCGUGGCCCCCGCUGGGCAGCAGCAGCAGCAGCAGGGCUUCAGCCCGCAGGCUCAGGGGCCGCAGGACACCGAGUGCCGGGUGCCCGUCAUCAACCUGAAGGACGGCACCCGGCUGGCGGGAGACGACGCGCCCAAGAGGAAAGACCUGGACCAGUGGCUCAAAGAGCACCCAGGCUUCGUGGCGGACGUGGGAGCCUUCAUCCCCCAGGGGGUGAACAAGAUGCAGUUCCAGGACGGCAGGCCCAAGCAGAAGAGGCAUCGGUGCCGAAACCCCAACAAGAUCGACGUCAACAGCCUCACAGGCGAGGAGAGAGUGCAGAUCAUCAACCGGAGAAAUGCACGCAAGAUUGGUGGUGCCUUUGCCCCUCCUCUGAAGGAUCUGUGCCGGUUCCUUCAGGAGCACCCGGAGUAUGGGGUUCCACCCGAGUGGGCCGACGUGGUCAAGCAGUCGGGCUACCUGCCUGAGAGCAUGUUUGACCGGAUCCUGACCGGGCCCAUCGUUCCGGAGGAGGUGAGCCGGCGCGGCCGGCGGCCCAAGAACGCCCUGGCCAAGGCAGCCUCUGCCGGUGCCAACGCCUCCGCGGCAGCUGCCGCCUCCGCCGCCGCGCUGGGCCUGAACCCGCUGCUGGCCAACGGGCUGCUGUCGGGCCUGGACCUGCCCAGCCUGCAGCUGUUCCAGCAGAACCUCCAGCAGAACCUGCAGAGCCUCCAGUCGCUGCAGCUGACCGCCGGCCUCAUGGGCCUGCCCGCCGCCGACGCCACCAACCUGGCCGCCAUGUUUCCCAUGAUGCUCUCGGGCAUGGCGGGGCUGCCCAACCUGCUGGGCAUGGGCGGCCUGCUGGGCAAGGCGCAGGACGGAAUGGGCGCGGCGGCCGCUGCCAUGGCGGCGGCGGCGGCGGCAGCGCCGGAGGAGACCCCGCGGAAGAGCAAGGGCAGCAAGAGCAGCAAGAACUCGACGGCGGCCGAUGCAGCAGCGGCGGUGUCCUCGCAGGCGCCGCCCUCCUCCGACACCAAAGCUGAAAGGACAGAGGUCGCCGUCUCGGAGAGUUCCGCGACGCACACCGCCUCCUCCUCCUCCUCCUCGUCCGCCGCCAUCGCCACCUCCUCGGCCCCCUCCACCUCCAGCUCCAGCCCACUAAGUGCUUCUGCCGCAGCAGCAGCAGCGGCGGCAGCGGCCGCCUCCGGUCACCCCCUGGCCCUCAACCCGCUCCUCCUGUCCAGUAUGCUCUACCCAGGGAUGCUCCUCACUCCAGGCCUUAACCUCCCCUCUGCAGCGCAGCAGACCCCGAGCACAGCAAACACUGACCACGCCGCCGCCUCCUCCUCCUCCUCCGCGCUCGCCUCCGCCGUCUCCUCCACCCACACGCCCGCCUCCGCCUCCACCGCACAACCCACGCCGCCUCUCACCGCCCGGUCGGAAGACGGGGCCGAGGAGGAGGAGGAAGAGGAGGAGCAGGAUGACGAGGAGGAGGAGGAGGAGCCAGCGGAGCAGAAGGAGCACAGUGGUCCCGAGGGCUCGGGGAAGGUCGAGUCCUCUUCCUCUGGAGAGUCGGACAGCUCCUCCUCAUCAUCUGACGAUUCUGACUCGAGCGAUGAAGACUGAGCCUUUAUAAAUAUAUAUACAUACACAUAUAUAUUUAUAUAUUCCUUAGAAAUGUAUACAUAUAUACACAUAUAUAUGAUUUACCCUGCACUUAUGUUGUGAUUUUUUUUCCCCCCUUUUGUAAAUAUUAAAUCGAGAGAAAAAGUGUUGUGUAAUUAAGACAAAGCCUUAGAGAACCAAGAUUCAAGAAACUGAAAUUAAAUUUCAGUGUUUGUUUAGGUACAAUCUUGUUUUGAAAAGACAUUUUGCAUGUCGAACUUUAGUAGAUUUAUGGACUUUGUGAACUUGUAUUACACGAUGAUGUACAAUUGCAACGAGCAAGAAAAAAAAAGAAAUCAACUAAAAGGCAGAGGCAUUAUUGUAUUAAUUAUGUUGGGAUUUAAUUUUAUUAAAAAAAGAGGAAAUACAUUACCGCUCCUGUUGAGCUGUACUAUUAAUAUAUUUUGAGUGUGUGGGGGAAGGGUGGACUUGAACUAUUUUUUGGUUUCAUUUGUAAAUACUUUUACAGGAUCCUUGACACUUCUACUUUGCAGAACAUACUUUGGAAAAAGUCAGCAAUAACUCGGGCAGCUAAUGAAUGUCACUGAAGCUGUAGACUCUUCACCUCCCUCAGCCUAUUUCCUCUCUCUCACCCACCACACAUCUUCCACUGAGGAGGAGUCACUCUCUCUCUCUCUCUCUCUCUCUCUCUCUCUCUCACCCACCACACAUCUUCCACUGAGGAGGAGUCACUCUCUCUCUCUAUCUCUCUCUCUCUUACUAUCUCUCUCUCUCUCUUACUCACUUCCUGUCUCCGACUCCCACUCUUCUUCUCUUAUCCUGUUAAAAGAAAAAAAAAAAGGAAACAGCUUCUUCUCUUUGCAUCGACUAAAGUAUCAAGUAGCCUUGGGAGCUGGCCUUGCUCUACACAUUGAUCACAGUUUCUUGCAUUCACUCACUCACUCACUUACACGUACAGUACAUACUCUUGAUCCAGAUCUUGGAAAAAAAACAAAACAAAAAAAACAUUGUGUUUUCUCUCCCCACAUCUCCUAUCAGGUCUUUUUGAAAGCAGCAGGCCUAUUUAGUUGCACAACUCAUCACUGUCUCUUGCCCUCUGUGUUAAGUUGUACUGUAUGAUUGGUUUGUGGUACCUGGGUACCAAAGGCAGACUAAGGGGUUCAAACCCGGGAGAAGUGGUCUUUUUUCGAUGACGGGGGCACUCUGUUAUAUGUCCCUUAUUCUGACCAUUGCUCUUCUCUCUGCUUUUGGUCCGCUUGUGUGGUCUUUGCGUGGGGCGUUUGUGAGUGUGAAUGCGCCGGAUGAAUAGAACCUCUCGUGCUGUGUUCUGUCACUUUGUAAAAGCGCGCUGGAGAGCUUCCACCCUGUCCUGUCUGAUGUGCUUGUUGUGAGCACAGAGUAUCUGUCUUCUCUAGGCCUGUGUCUCAGCAUGGCAGAAGUGCAUCAUAUCUCAAGUGAUUAGCUGUAUAGUACUUCUUCAGUGCUGCCAUCUGGAAAAUUAUAACGAUUGGGAAUGUGUUGGCGAUUUGUAGGUCUGAGUAAGAAUAGGAAUGAGCAGAAGAAGGUGUUUUUGAUCUUGGAACAGCAGAACAGCAGUUUUAACCUGGUGAUCUCACAGGUUGCCAUUGUAGUAUGUUGUUGUCGUGGCACGCUCCCCUCAGUUUAGAAGUAUUCCUUCAGUGUUCCACCAGUACAGUGAAGGGCGUGCGGUUGACAUCAACUCUUUAUAUCUGCCUUUGUUAGCUUGCUGUUAACUGUAACGUGGAUUUCACCACUCCUUAAAAGUUUGAAGCAUUGCUUAAUAUCUCACCUACAGCUUUUUUGGUGUUGACUAUAGAUACAAGCCUGUUCUCGCCAGUUUAAAGUCAGUUUGGAUGCUGCCACUUACCUCUGUUGGAGGAACAGUGACGGACUAAUUGUAUUAUAGCUUUCGAUCCGACUUCCAUUUGGUGAACGAUCCGAUUGGCUAGUAUGGGGUGGGUGCUAGUUACUGGCCAAGGUGGGUAUUGAUACGUCUUCAUGUUCUCUGUCCUUUCACGUUACGUCUUCGCUGCCCCAUCCACUUCUGAGCACCACAGCAGAUGGAUGUAGAAGUGUCCUUACUCCAUACCUCUCGAGUCGAAGGGGAGUUCACGUCAUUACUGAAUACUGAAAAACAGAAAGAACCGAGGGGUGCUCUCCUCUAUCUCUCUCUCUCUUGCGCUCUCUCUCUCUCCCUCUCUCUUCUGGCCUCCUUUUGUAUUGUCAUCUGUCACUUCAACCUUUAUGAGGACAUACACACUGGAAUCGCUACUCAGCCUUUCUGAGGACGUUUUGGAGUAUAAGUAUCACUGUUCAGAAACCGCACACACUUAAUUGAGCUUUGGACUGUUAGGCACACAAGUGAGAAAUGGUACAGUGCUCGCUUAGAUUUACGGCAAAAUUCCCAAAAUGGUGGCCCCCCUACAAAGAGAGUCCCAAAAUGUUUUUAUUUUGUGGUGAAUUGCUGCUGUCGAGGCACCCUGACCCCCCACAUUAUUUUGAUGACUUGCUGUAAACUAGUCUGGGUUUUGGCACGGUACCUUGCAAGUCUCUCGGUCAUUGACAGAAGUCAACCACUAAAGAACCACAGUAUCUAUGGCUGAUGAGCCAGGGGUAGCCGACUCCUGAAGCCCCACCCAGUGUAUGCAGAUGUGGACACGUAGAGCUGUCCUGUACCCCUGUGCAUAGACAGGUACAAAAGAUCGGCUCUGUUUCUUCCACUAGACAGGCCCUCAACGCACAGGCUUUUUUUCUCUCUUUUUUCAUUCGGGAAUCUAAAAAGCAGCCACCAUGUCCAGUUUUGUUUUGUUUUGUUUUUCAUUUGUUUGAUUUGUCAUUUGUAGCUAGUGCCCAGUCAUUGCUGCUUCCUCCUGUACACGUGCUACCUUGAAAUUGACUUUGUUCAUUUGGUUUUUGUCAGGUUCUCACCUCUGAGCCCCGUGUUGGGAAAACAGUGAGUGCUCAGAUCUCUGAGAACAGACUCCUCAUCACGGUAGACAAUGGACAAAGUGAUGAGUAUGACUUAAGGUUGAAAAUACACUUUUAUGUUGUUUUUUUUGUUUUGUAUUAUUAUUAUUAUUAUUAUUAUUAUUAUUUUAUUAAUGAUAUUUCAGGUAGUAUGUAAUGUUAAUGUCUCUCAAUGACUCACACAUUGCAAGUGCUGAACUGAUAUGAUGCAGAUGAAACUGCGACAGGGAACUGACGACCAACAUGCAAACAAAGCGAGAAAACUACUCUACUACACUACUACACUACAUUGAGUUUAAUUCACUUCGUCAUUUAUACUGAGUAGACAGCGAAAUGGCGAAUAGACUAUUGCCUUUUUAUUUUUAUUUCAUGUUUUGCUUUAUGCUUACAGAUAUCCUUUUAAAGUCAUUUUUCAAGUCUUCUUUUUUCCUGUUUAUGUUCUUGGACAGUUGCAAUAUUUGCAAAUUGUGGUCUAUGUAGUCAAAUAAUGCUUUAUGUAGUGGAAGAAAAACGUCUUAAGAAGUCAUUUGUAAUUUAUUGAAUUACUUUCUAUGAAGUUCUAUAGAGGAAAUUGAGGUUUAAUUAUUUUUAUUAAACAUACUCUGACUAUC